UGGCUUAGCAGCUUGUGGAAGAAGACACGCAAGACACAGGCAAAGUAAAGCAGAUACAGCGGAACAGCGGUUGAGGGCAGAGCUUGUCGGAAUACAGCGUGGUUCACAGUCCGUGAGAAAACGAUGUUUUUUUGAUGUGUCAUUUUAAUGACACGCGAAAGCACAACAACAGGGAAAGUCUUCAUAAAGAAGUUUUAAUUUACAGACAACUUACUGCGUAGCUAAAUGUGAAAUUGCGUUAUCCUAGGUGACAGCGUGAAUGUACUGGUUUAUGUAUGGGAAACACAAUGGAAUAGUAAAGUUCGCAUAACUGAAUCAUGUAUAAUAUUAUUACGAACACUAUUAAAGUGAUUGGAUUUUUGCGAAGACAAUUGGAUAUUUUGUUAAUAGUUGAUAAUAACAGACUGACAUAUGCUGAUUAGGAUCUCGAACUUGACAUUUGCUGCUGCGUGCUUAAUCGACUUAUUCACAAACUGCGUAGCUAGUAUUUGUUAUCGCAGAAGCCACAACGUUAUAAUUUAAUUUUAGUAGUAUGUCAUUUCUGUUUUGCUGGCUGAAAACUAUAGGUUGCAAAAUCUAAAGUGGCAACACUAUACAGUUACUUGCAUAAUUGAAAGUUCCAGGAAUUGUGAAACCGAUGCACAUGUUAAAACUUGUACAGUCAGUACAGAGAUAGCUUCCCACACACCGUCGACUUUGGGAACAAGCAGUCGAGCGUGCAAACCUUUUUUUUUUGUUUGUUUUGGCUUUUUUUUUUUUUUUUUUUUUUUUUGUUCCAUUAUGGGACAUCAGCGGUGAUAUGCCAGGAGGAUGACCAACAGAGGCAGCCCAGUGAAGGCUUAUGAUUUUCUGCUCAAGUUCCUGCUAGUCGGAGACAGCGAUGCUGGGAAGGGAGAAAUCUUGUCAAGUCUGCAGGAUGGAGCCAGCGAGUCUUCAUACGGUUACAACAUGGGGAUUGAUUGCAAGACCACAACCAUUCUGCUGGACGGGCGGAGGGUAAAACUGCAGCUCUGGGACACAUCUGGCCAGGGGAGGUUCUGCACGAUAUUCCGCUCCUACUCUAGAGGUGCCCAGGGCGUGAUCCUGGUUUAUGACAUCACCAAUCGCUGGUCAUUUGACGGUAUUGACAGGUGGAUCAAGGAGAUUGAUGAGCAUGCACCGGGUGUUCCUAAGAUCCUGGUGGGGAAUCGUCUUCACCUGGCCUUCAAGAGACAGGUGACUACAGAGCAGGCCCAGGUCUACGCAGAGCGCCUUGGCAUCACCUUCUUCGAGGUGAGCCCUCUGUGUAACUUCAACAUCACCGAGUCCUUCACAGAGCUGGCCCGGAUCGUGCUGAUGAGGCACGGGAUGGAGAGGCUGUGGAGGCCCAACAAAGUGUUGAGCCUUCAGGACCUCUGCUGUCGAUCCAUAGUGUCCUGCACCCCUGUUCAUCUGGUGGACAAGCUUCCUCUCCCUGUUGCCUUAAAAAGCCACCUGAAGUCUUUCUCCAUGGCCAACGGGCUGAAUGCCAGGAUGAUGCACGGACGCUCGUAUUCCCUCACCGCCAGCAGCGGCAACAAGAGGAACAGCCUGAAGAAGCCCAAAAUGAUUGGUCCUCCACAGAGCCCGUCACAGAGCUGUGCCAGGAACAGCUGCAAGAUCUCCUAGCCCCGCCCCCAGCAAUAACCGCAGGGAGUUACUGACUGAAACCCCUUUUCAUUCAAGGACUCCCAGAAGUUAUUCACUACUGGGCUUCUUGGAAAGGAGAUGAAAUAUUAAUGACGAAUGUUGGGAUCUUUUUCUGGGUUCACUCAGAUUAAUGUUGCUGCUAGAUCAAUGUUGUAGGUUAGGGACAACAAUGCACUAUAAUGGUGUGCAAAUGUAAUUCUUAAUUAAAAAUAAAUACGACAGGUUUUUUUUUUUUUUUUUUUUUAAAUCAUGGAAAUAAGGGAUUGUGUGUAAUCAAACUAUUUAAAUGUUGGUGGGAGUUGGUAUUUCGAUGCAAUAUAACUAUUGUAAAGUAACUACAUAAAGUUUGCUGACCCAUGAAAUGGAUUUUCAUUUAAGCCUGUUUCAAGUAAUCCUUGGAAUCUCACAGGCACCAAUUAAAGGAAGCUGCAGAAACCUGUACAUACAUUUAUAUACAGAAAAAUCAGCUUUUGUGUGUAUUUAAUAUAUAUUAUGUUAUUUGAUACUUUUGUGCUUUUAUUGCUUGGUUUGUAUCAUAUAUUAUUUAAUUUUUUUUAAGUGUAAAGGGAUAGGGAUUGCAAAGAGGAAGGAAGAUGCCAAAGAUGUCGGUGGUAAAGCAAAGAGAUGUCGGAGCAACGAACAAAAGUGUUUUUACAAAGUUUUUUUUGUAAAUUAUGAGCACUAUUAUUUCCAAUAAAGGUUUCAAACAAGAAAA